GUUCAGCAGAAUGCUGAGUCCUAUGCUGGCCCCGCGGGUUCGCACAGUUCCCGGCGCAGAAAUUCAGUGGGACGAGUUCUACGAGGAGGGUGCCGAUGCGCCAGCCCGCAUGCAGCCUGUGUGGCAGGGUGUCUGGGACUGGCUGCACCAGUCUGAUGCGGAGGCUACGCAGCAGGUGGAAAGCAAGGAUCUCAAGGCAGAACUGUCAGAGCUUCUUCAGGGCCGCGGUCAGGACGCUGCUGACCCCUUGCGUGUUGCGGCGGCGUGGCGCUUGGCAAUGCUUUGCAGGGGCAGACAACCUGAGAUUUCGAAGGUCCUGGCAGCUUUAGACCAGCUGGUGGCUCUGAAGGGCCGCAGUGUGAUGCACGUUGUAGACGUGCUGGGCCCUGAAGCAGUGAUUCCCCUGGUGCAGACUGAAGGCCUCCGGACAUCAUGCGACGCCGUGCAUGGACUGGGCAGAUGCCUGGACUUGUCUGAAGGUGACGAGUCGCACGCAGAGGCCCAUGCGGUCCUGGAGGAGGUGCUGAAGGAUGGCAAGGAUCCACUUCUCCGGGUCUGUGCCGCCGAAGCUUUAGGCUGCCAUCGCCAAGAGGACAGCGCAUGGCCACUGCAACGAUCGGUGACCGAGGACCCAGUUGGCGCGGUUCGCGCCACGGCACUGCACUCCCUGCUUCGGCUUCUUACGUCGGGGGUGUUGGUGGAGGUUGCUGUCUUGGAAGCGCUUAGAAAAACUGCGCUAGCAGUGAAACCCAGCGACCCCGAUCGCUAUGUCCGCGCUUAUGCCGCAGAGCUCUGCCACAGGAUUGACAUUGUACAGCAGCUCCUCUGGGAACUCCCAGGAGCAACAACAGCCUCCCUGGCAAAGAGCAUCCAGGAAGCCUACAUGCCACCGCUUGUCCGCUGGUGCACCUGUGGUGAUGGCUGGCAUGCGUAG